UAAGGAAUCUUGCGGGAAGCUUCUUCAUAAGACCGGAAGACACUUCAAAGAGGGAAAAUGUUGCAUAUGGAUCUAUAUAUAAAUGUGCAGAGCAUCGUAAGAUAGAUCCUCACUGAAUAACAAUGGCUGAAUAUCGCUAUACUUUAAAUUUUCAUGAGUCAUUCAAUACUUACCAUGAUUUGCCUGAUGCUGUUACACAUGACUUUAGUCCCCUGAAGCAGUACUCCGAGGGCAAUGUGGGUGUGGAAAAUCAACAAGUACUCAUUCUACAACCAGAGGAAGAAAUUAAACGAAGGAGAAGAAUUCAGAGUAUAAUGUUUUCUGAGAAGAAAAGAAGGAUAAAGAUGAGACAAUUGCUCUUUACUUUACAGUCUCUACUGCCUGUUUCAACUACCAAUAAGGUAGAAAGACAUUACAUCAUAGAAGAGACUGGUAAAUAUAUUCAGACUCUCCAGACUAAAACCCUGGACUUGCAGAAGAAGAAGGCCCAUUUAUUGGCCGCGACAAGAAGCUCAUCGAUUGAUCAUAAUUCAUCAGCCAUUGAUAGAGAGUCUAUAAGUCUUAAUGUAUGUAUAGCAGUUUAUUCCAGUGAAACAGUUAUAAUAAGAAUUACUGCCUCAAGAAUGCCGCGCUCUCUCUGCGAGAUGUAUGAAGUAGUUGAAGCGCAUGCCUUAGAAAUACAGAACUCAGAUGUUUACAGCGGGGACUCCAUUGUCUUUCUCUAUAUCCACGCCACAGCAAUUGUAGGCAUGCAUUGCCAUAACUCAUUAGAAAUGACCCAAAUUGAACAAGGUCUGAACAAAGUUUUACAAAAUAUUUACUAGAAAUAUGUUGAGGAUAUUCACUCUCAGCUGAAAAAUAGGAAAGAAAUGUAAAGGGGUUUCCCUACAUUGAUUAAAAUUUGAGCUUAAAAAUUUCCUGUUCAGUGUUUGGUAUUUACUUGAACCAAAAUAAUCACCUGUUCCUGUACAUAAACAUAAACAAUGGAUUCAACCCAGCACCUGAUUGGAUCUCAACCUUCAUUCGACAGGAAGGCCUGGUGCAGCUGCCGAGGUGGAAAGAGAAAACCCUGUAGAAGAGGACAAGAUGGACCCGGAGGAAGGAGGACAGCAAUAAUGGAGUCCUGAUGUUUCUUUUCUUUUGCCAAGUAGAAUUAAUAGUAGAUUUAAAUACAUCAGAACAGUAUAUCUGCUAGAAUAAAUAGCAAUAUUUGAAGGCAAGCAGU